AUUGCAGAUCGAUCGCAUACUGAGAUGAGAUAUGGAUGAGAUUCAGAUUAUUCGCAUUUUCAUGUCAUGGGAGAAGUUGGGAAUGUUAUGCUCUUGAUGGCUUGUUGACAGCGGGUGUUCAAUUCACAUGAUGUCAUUUUUAACUUCAAACUUGAAGUGUACAGUCAGUGGGAUUUCUAAUAAUUUCUACUAUUUACAAUGUGUAACAUUUUGUUUAAGUCGAUUCAGCGGUAGAGUAAGUCGCGUCACCUGCUCGAUAUUGGGAGUCGAGGAGCAAUAGGUUUCAAUUAGUUUUAAAUAUCGUAUUAGUUAUUUAGAUUCAAUAUUUUUGUAACUCUUCCCUUCAAUAGUUUAUUUUCUAUAAUGGACAUUACUGUUGAAAUAUUAGCCACAUCUGUGCCCGUAUCAAGGGAAAAUUUACGAUAUAAAGUCAAGACAUGGUGGGCUCAUGUGGACGUUGAGGACAACGAAACUAUAGUCAAACUUCCCAGCCUUCCAAUGAUUCAGACGUUUUACGACAUCAACGACCGUGAAACGACAGUCUUUGUGGAAAUGUGGUAUUCCAAUUCUGACAUGUUUCCAGUGGGGGCGAUGAGGUUUCUUGGGUUGGUGAAGCAGCGAGUGGAUAACCAAUUGAGGAAGCCAGCAUGGAAUCCAACUGUUGAGUGGCUGGAGGUGUAUGAUCCAAUUGAAGACAUUGUUCGUGGUCGACUCUUGUUAAAAAUUGAUGCAAAAUUUGUUCCGUCGUCAGAAAUGCCACACCAAUCUCUACAUCCAUGCAUCAAUCCGGACUCCCGACUGAAUUCAUCAUAUUUUAAUAACUCUCAAUGCGAAUCGACCGUUAUUUCUCAUAAGGGAAACCAUGAACAAAUACAUCAUAAUACUAAUAAUGUUGAGUCGUCAAGAACCAGUGUUGCCUCUAUAAAUUCGCCAAUAACUACUUGUGAAAAGAUUCCAGAUCAACAGAGCCACGAAGAUAAUGACCAUCUACAAGCGUAUCAGGUUCACAACAAAAACCCAAAUUUCCAGAAAGAUAUAGACUUAGAUUUAGAAUAUGUAAAAGCACAGUUAAAUUUAGCUGUCAAAGAUCGUGAGCGUAACAGGAAAUUGUUGGAGGAACAGGGAGAGCAACCAAAAGGGUUAGCUAGUGGUAGAAAGUCGAACAAAAAUCUGCCAGAAUUCGGAGACUUAAGUCCAGUUCAAACUUCGACAUCGUCAAGACGCUGUUACUACAAACCAAAAAAUCCUGUAUCCAUUAUUCAACAAGAAGAUAGUUAUGAGGCGGAUGACUCUGAAGUUGAUGAUGUAAUCCACCUUUUAAACCAGCAAAUUAAGCCCAUAAAUCAGAAUGUUGCCAGUAGUAUGCAAAACUCGGAAAUCGACAUUAGGACAGAACGCUUGAUUAAUAAUAUGCAGAAGCUUGAAAAUCUUCAACAUGAAAUGAAGCAUCUGGGGUCUCAGAAACCCUUUAUUUCUGGUGCUGAAAGGGGUUCUACAAUUGAGACCAAGAAAAAUAGCCACAUUAUUAGUCCUCCAAAAAGACCAGAAGGCGGUGGUGGUGGUGCUGAUAGCAGCAUAGUAAAUUCAAAUCCGACCAUUGCACAUCAAAUAUAUAACGACGAUAUGACCAUUUACGGAUGUGGUUUGCACGUGCAGCCGAAAUCUGGAAAUCCCAUAAAAAAAGGACCCCCUGUCCCAAAAACCUCUUUGCUUUAUAAAUCCGUUCAUGUGAAUCAAGCCCAGUCUACAAGUAAUGCAGGACAUAAUUCAAAUCCCAUUUCUGCAAGCGUGCAUAAUUCUGCAGGGGGUGAUAAGAAUCUCUCUAAUCUACAGCUUCCACCAAUAAGUCGUAAAUGUGCUGCAAAAUUUGACCAAGUCCAGUCAAUUCCAAAUCGAUAAGUUGUCUGCUUUAAAUGCGAAUGUUUGAAUUAUGACAUACAUAUUUUGAGGUAUGUGAUAAUGUAGGAAUCAAGUUUAAAAUGUCCAAAAUGCGCCUAUAUUUUUUAAGAAAUACUUUGUGAUGAACUAGUAACUUUAAUUUUAAUCAUAUCAUGAAACGGAAUUGUAGUGUACCCAUAUUUUUUAAUUUGUACGGAAUAACUUGUGCAGAAUAAGUAAAAUAUGCCGAUGAGCAUAACUUACUAUUUUAA